UAAUUUCACAACAAACAAAAGCCGGGCUAUUAUUUCUUGACUCCUUAUUUUAUCCUCGCGACAAUGACAGCAGCACCUGGAAUCGACGGAGUGUACUCCAUUCGCUUGGUCAUAGCGGACUUUUAUAUGGAGAAGCCGCAGUUUGGACAGGAUCCCUGCUACUCGGAAUUGCGCGGGAAGGAAAUCAAACGAGUGCCGAUCAUUCGCAUAUUCGGGGCUAAUUCCAGUGGACAGAAAACCUGCAUGCAUGUGCACGGCGUGUUCCCCUAUUUCUACAUACCGUACGAUAAGAAGGACUUCGAAUCCUUGGAACGGGGCAUCCUACAGAUUGCCAUGCACCUGGACAAGGCACUCAAUAUAUCACUGGGGCAGGGCAGCGCCAAUGCUCAGCAUGUGUUCAAGAUCCAGUUGGUCAAGGGCAUACCGUUCUAUGGCUACCAUCGUGUGGAGCAUCAGUUUCUCAAAAUAUACAUGUUCAAUCCACGCUUCGUGCGACGCGCCGCCAACCUUCUCCAGAGCGGGGCCAUACUCAGCAAGAACUUCAAUCCACACGAGUCCCAUGUGCCCUACAUACUACAGUUCAUGAUCGACUACAAUCUGUAUGGAAUGAGCUAUCUGCAUGUACCAUUGGAGGUGCUCAAGUUCCGUCGUAGCCAUGAGGAUGAAGUGAUUCCCUAUCCAAAUGUGAAGCCCGAACAGCUGCUGGAGAUUUGCAGCGUUAAGAAGAUGGCCUGCAGCUCCUUGGAAGUGGACGUCAGUUCGAACUUUAUACUGAAUCGCUUUCAACUAGUCGCCAAGGGCAAGGGCAGUCAUACAAAUCCCGGCAUUGAGGCUAUCUGGAAUGACGAGAAUAUCCGGCGCCAAAAGCUGGCCCAAAGCUACGCUGCAGCCGCCGAUGAGCAGAAAGUCAAUGCGAUUCCAGUCCUGCAAUUGCCGCCCACGCAGCCACGACAGCAUGUGGAAGUCGCCGAGAGUGAUGUUUUCUACCGCACGGCUCUCGAGAGCAAACUGCUUACCCUGGAGCAGUCGACGCUCUCCGACCAAACACUGUCGGAUCAGACGCAUCUCGGCAAUGCCACCAUACAGACCACUUUGCCGCCCAGCAGCAAGGAGCAGCGACGCACAUUCAACCUGCAAAAACUGAUGGCCAAUGCUGUUUAUCCCGAGGAAUGCUCCCAGGAUCAGCAGCAGCUGCUGGUCAACGCAUCGUUUAUCCAGAAUCAUAUAGCGAGCAGCAGCAAUAUCAGCCUUUCUGGCGCUUUCUUUGCAGAAAAGGACGAGUCAGCCAACAUGGAUGAAACGCUGGUGGAUGAGGAACUCGUCUUGAGCCUGACCCAGCCCCAUGGAGCUGUGCCACACGAUGCCACCUUGAGGGAAGAGGACCUGGAACUGCUUGACGUCCUGCAACAGCUGGAGGAGCAGAGUGCGAAUGAAUCGCGCAUUGAUUUGGACAGUUCGUUGGCGCCCCUGUCGCAGCAACACAAACACUUUGAACUAACUCCAGAGCUGUUGGACAAGGAGACGGCCGCAGCUGCUGUCGGUCCCCACUUGGCAUCCGAUGAAGACUGUGAUUCUGAGGAGGAAACGAACCCAGGGAGCAGGCAUGACUUCUCCACCGCCCUGGACGAUAUCGAUGAGCUGUUGCUCAAGCUAACUCAAAGUCAACCUGCAUCGAAAGGACAGGGGGAGCUAGAUCCCACACCAAAGCUGCCGCAGAUCGAUGGCUCGGAUGAUCACCAGCGCACACCGAAAAAGUUGAGGGGCAAGGCGAAUGCGAACGGGAGUCCUCCCAAGACACCCACGACACCUAAAAGAGACAGCCUGUUGAGGUCUCCGCGCACACCCAAAUCCAGUGCCGCCAAGAAAUAUGCCCCGCUGCCUCUCACCAUCGGCAGCAGAAGCUCCACGAAGAAAAGUGAUGUGGAAGCGACAGGGACAGCCAUGAACCCUCGACUUAGUCUGCAGCUCGACCAACAACCAGGCACACAAGGUGCUGAGCUGUCGCUGGGCAAGAAGCUGGCCAUGACGGAGCUGCGCCGCAAAAGUGUCGAGGAGUCGUCAAACAGUUUCGUCCUGUUGCAGAACGACUCCACUCCACGGCGCAGUACCAGGAGACUCAGCCGCAAUCUGGACAAGACUCACCUCAUCUGCUCCUUGACACCGCGAGUGAAAAUUCCCAGGCUCACGGAUCUGUUCGAAACAGCUGUCGAUGCUGAGGAGGUGCAGAAAAUGCCACGUCGUAGUGCGCGUCAUCAGGCUGAAAAGGAGAGUCCUUUGGGACCAGAGGCCAGUAAGGGGAGAUCCCAAAAGUCGAAGAAAGUCCAAGCUGAAUCCUGUAAAGAUUUAGUUACGCCCAGUCGGAUAAUACGUAAAAGUAUUCGAAAAGAAAUCGAAUCUGAAGAAGCCCAAAAUGUGAAUCUCCAGCAAGGCAAGGAGGCGGAGUCUGUUCCUGAAGAAAUGCCAGAACAAGAAGCGAAACCCAGCGAGGCGACCACCCUACCAGUUAGCGAUGAUGAGGCGAUCGAAUCCGAUACUGAAGGCGACCAAAUGUUCACCAAACUACGAAAGACACCGAAUCUGAGGCGUCUGCGAAGGAGUUUCCGUUCGGAGGUUUUGACCAAACAGCACCAGGCGACGCCAACCACAGGGACUCCUCCUCCUGCCGAACCAGUCGAGGGCCAGACCACUCCACAGCUGAGUCCCAUGAGCAACGAGAGCCACACACCGGAGCUAAUGAAGAGCUUCUAUGAGCACUCACUGAUCGUGAACAGUCCGUCGGUAUUUAGUGAUCUCAUAGACAGUCCCCAGCCUUCUCCUGCUCUUGCACCUGCCACGCCAAAGGCUGAUGAUGCCUUCGUCAUUGCUCCCUUGGAGCUGCCACCCACCUACGAUGAAGUGGUACGCGGCUGCCGUAAGCUGGACAUACCCGAACACGAGUUCCAGCAGCCCUUCUACAGCAAUCCGGCCGAUGUGAGCAAGGUAACCGAGGUGGGAUUCCUGGUCCUCCACAUUCCCGGCAAUAAGCUCAACGACUGUGAUCCCUUCCAAAGCGUCCUGGGCAACGACAAGGGCUUGGCUGCCUGGCGUCGUCAGCAGCUCAUUGCCAUCGGCGGACCGGCCAUGCUGCAGCGUCAUCGAGGCGAGCAGCGCAUCCGGGAGUACUUCAGUAGUGGCCAGACGAUUGCCAUUCAGCCGGCACAAAGUGCGCCCAGUCGUCAGGAGGCCAAGAUCUGGCUGAAGGCCAGGGAGCUGCUGCGGCAGCGGGAAGAGCCAGAGAGAGGCAACGAUGUCGACAGUCCGAUCAAGGUGAAGCGCCAGAAGAUCACCAUGAUGCUGCAGAACGAUGGAGGCGACGCUGACAGCGAGGAGGAUGUUGAUUGUAGCCUCAGCCUCACACCAAUUUCCCAGGCAAACGCAAAAGCAACGCCCAUAAGCAGUAAGGGCCAGAAGGCCUCGCGUUCCACACGCCGAACCAAACUCAACUUUAAGGCAUCCUUGGACGAAACAGGGGAGCCCCAGCAGGUCGCUGGAGGCAGCAGUCAGAGCAGCGACCAGAGCAGCGUGUCAAGCAGUGCCGCACAGGCGGAACUGGAUCGUACCUGCUUCCUGCGGCAGCUGGACGGUCCCCACCAGGAGGGGCACCACGAGCUCAGCUUCGGCUUGAGCCAUGCCACGCUGGACAACACGUUUGGCUUCAAGGUGAAUCUGGAGAACCUGCAACAAGCCAAGGCGGACAUUGAGUGCAACUAUUUGACCAUAAUGACGCUGGAGGUGUUUGUGCUGACGCGCGGGGAGCUGCAACCCGAUCCGAUGCACGACGAGAUCCGCUGCCUGUUCUAUGCCAUCGAGCACAGCCUGCCGGAUGCGGAUGCGGAGGGUUCGCUGCCCAGCAAGUCCUGUGGCUACAUUAUGGUUAACCAUGCCCAGGAUCUGCUCAGCGAGGGACUGAUACACGGCCUGGACAAGGACAUUGAUGUUCAGGUGGUAUCCAAUGAGGCAGAGGCCAUGGAGGCUCUGUUGGCACUGUGCGCCCGCUGGGACGCCGACAUCUAUGCCGGCUACGAGAUCGAGAUGGCCUCCUGGGGCUAUGUGAUCGAUCGGGCAAAGCAUCUGUGCUUCAACAUAGCCCCCCUGCUGUCGCGCGUGCCCACGCAGAAGGUGCGCGACUUUGUCGACGAGGAUCGGGAGCAGUUCACCGACCUGGAUGUGGAGAUGAAGCUCUGCGGCCGCAUACUGCUAGACGUGUGGCGACUGAUGCGCUCCGAGAUUGCCCUCACCUCGUACACCUUCGAGAACGUAAUGUACCACAUCCUGCACAAGCGCUGUCCCUGGCACAGCCCCAAGACGCUCACCGAGUGGUUCGCCUCGCCCUGCACCCGCUGGAUCGUGCUGGAGUACCAUCUGGAGCGUGUCAGAGGUACUCUGGCGCUGCUCGAUCAGUUGGAUCUGCUGGGACGCACCAGCGAAAUGGCCAAGCUCAUUGGCAUCCAGUUCUACGAGGUUCUGUCGCGAGGAUCCCAGUUUCGGGUCGAGAGCAUGAUGCUCAGAAUUGCCAAGCCCAAGAACGUGGUGCCGCUCUCGCCCAGCGUCCAGCAGCGGGCGCACAUGCGGGCGCCCGAGUAUCUGGCGCUGAUCCUGGAGCCGCAGUCCCGCUUCUACGCUGAUCCGCUGAUUGUGCUCGACUUUCAGAGUCUCUACCCCAGCAUGAUUAUUGCCUACAACUAUUGCUUCUCCACCUGCCUGGGCCGGGUGGAGCAUCUAGGUGGCAGCUCGCCCUUCGAGUUUGGCGCCUCCCAGCUACGCGUGUCCCGCCAUAUGCUGCAGAAACUGCUGGAGCACGAUCUGGUCACGGUGUCGCCUUGCGGCGUGGUGUUUGUGAAGCGUGAGGUGAGGGAGGGCAUCCUGCCGCGCAUGCUAACCGAGAUCCUGGACACACGCCUGAUGGUCAAGCAGUCGAUGAAGCUUCACAAGGAUAACUCUGCCCUCCAGCGGAUUCUGCACUCCCGUCAGCUGGGUCUGAAGCUGAUGGCCAAUGUAACCUACGGCUACACGGCGGCCAACUUUAGCGGCCGCAUGCCGGCCGUGGAGGUGGGCGACUCAGUCGUUUCCAAGGGCCGCGAGACUCUGGAGCGGGCCAUUAAGCUGGUGGAGGGCAACGAGGAGUGGAAGGUGCGCGUUGUGUACGGCGACACGGAUUCGAUGUUUGUCCUGGUGCCAGGCCGCAAUCGGGCAGAGGCAUUCCGGAUAGGCGAGGAGAUAGCCCAUGCCGUCACCGAGAUGAGUCCCCAGCCAGUGAAGCUGAAGCUGGAGAAGGUCUACCAGCCCUGCCUGCUCCAGACCAAGAAGCGCUAUGUCGGCUACAUGUACGAGACGGCCGAUCAGGCGCAGCCCGUCUACGAGGCCAAGGGCAUUGAGACGGUGCGUAGAGAUGGCUGUCCGGCAGUGGCCAAGAUGCUGGAGAAGGUGCUCCGCCUGCUCUUCGAGACGGCGGACGUUAGCCAGGUGAAGCAGUACGUCUGCCGGCAGUUCACCAAACUGCUCUCCGGACGGGCCAACCUGCAGGACCUCAUCUUUGCCAAAGAGUUCCGCGGACUCAAUGGCUACAAGCCCACGGCCUGUGUGCCCGCCCUGCAGCUAACGCGAAAGUGGAUGCAGAAGGAUCCCAGGCGCAUACCGCGACGCGGCGAGCGCGUACCCUUCAUCAUUAUCAACGGGCCGCCGGGCGUGCAGCUCAUCAGACUUGUGCGUAGUCCCCAUGAAAUUCUGGCCAACGAGGGACACAAGAUCAAUGCCAUCUAUUACAUCACUAAGGCCAUUAUUCCGCCCCUGAACCGCUGCCUGCUGCUGGUGGGAGCCGAUGUCAACGAUUGGUUCACCAGCCUGCCGCGCAAGCUCCUCAUGAUGCCCGCCCUGGCCACGGCCAAUGAGUUGGCCAGCGGUCGGGGCGCCAAGUCCACCAUCUCCCAGUAUUUCUCCACCACCAGCUGUGUGAUCGAUUGCGGCCGCCAGACCAAGGCCGGCAUUUGUCCCGAAUGCCUGAGGAACGCCACCAAAUGCGUUGUCACGCUGUCCGACAAGGUGGCUCGCCUGGAGCGUGGCUACCAGCUGACGCAGCAGAUCUGCCAGUCCUGCUGCGGGCGUGCGGGCAACCUACAGUGCGACUCCCUCGACUGCCCCGUGCGCUAUGUGCUGGAGGUAAAGCGACGCGAUGUCCAGCAGAUUGGACACAUUCGCAGGCUGCUCGAGGAGAAUUUCUGAGAAAUUUAUAUGUCGUCGUGUUUUAUUAUUAAUUGUCGGAAUUUCACGGAUUUUAUCAGACAUUUCAUCAAAGCCACGCAAUUAUCGGGUUGCUUGUACAUAUAUUUGAUGGUGUGGUUUACCUUUCACUGGCUCUCUUUCUUGUUCGCCUGUGAGGAUAUAACUGUCGCUACUACGAUCAUUUCUCAGCGAGUCUCAAACAACAGGGGCACAGCAAUAGAAUAGAGAUUUCCUAUUCUAACGAAUAACGAACCUACACAGAAAGCAGCCAGCUCACAAUUUCGUAGUCAGUUCUUCAUGCACAUUUAAUUGACCAAAAUACACUGAGAAUAAUCUUACGAUCCGUCACAUACAUGUAUAUUCGUAUAUUUUGUAACUUUUUGCACGCAUAAAAAAGUUAAAAUUA